AUGUCAGCGCCAGGCGGGGCCCCGAGCCCUGCUCCUCGAAGUGGAAGUAUCGGGCCUGGCGGAGGAGGAAUGUCAAUGCCUUCCCAGCAGUCGAUGCCAGCAACAACCCCAGGACCAACUCCAGGCCCUCCACCGGCUCCUCCCAGUGGAGCUAUGUCGCAGCAGAAUUUGAACCAGAUAGUCAUCGACUAUUUGGCCAAAAAGGGAUACAGUCGUACGGAAGCUAUGCUUCGGAUGGAGUCUGCAAAUCAAGAGAUUGACGGACGUCCUUUGCCUCCUCUUGGGGAAGACGCACGCCCGAAAUACAGGCUUGGGUUUGAUUUGCUCAAAGUCUGGGUUGAAGACAACCUUGAUUUAUAUAAGCCGGAACUCAAACGCGUUCUUUGGCCCCUCUUCGUCUACACAUUCCUUAGCAUGGUCACCUCUUUCUAUCCGCAAGAUGCCCGACAAUUCUUCGAUGUGAACAAGAACCUCUUCCUGCCGGAGCACACAGAGGAUGUGCGCGCUCUCGAACCGAUUAGCCUCCCAGAACACGUCCAGGACAACUCGACCGCUAAGUUAUAUCGCAAUAACAAGUACCGCUUGAUUCUCAGUAAUCCGGCAUUCGGGAACCUUAUGCAGUUCCUUGAGAGCAAACAGAAGGAGGGAGGGUCAGUCAUGUCUGCUCUUUUGAGUAGUUACUGUACGAUUCUUACGCGGGAUCGCGCGGUCGAUGACCGAUUCAGUUUUGCUGCCAUGCUGGGCCAAGCUGGCAUGGGCCAAACAUUCCCUGCUGAGGAUGAAGGAAUUCCGGGCCAUCACCCUGGAUCUGCUUAUACUGGCGAUAACCCGGCCAUGGCGGGGACGUUACCCCGCCUAAAACUGGGGAAGCUCCCGAUGGAGCAGAACCUGGAGACCGAUGUGCGAGGCGAGCUUGCGGACGAGGACACAAAGAACCCUCCAGGACCAGGUCGUAACACGCUUCUCCAGGAGUUUGACCAAAUGAUCAAAAAGGAGGAAGAUGAGGACGCUCCCACUAGGGCUGAUAUUCCUUAUCCUCCCUCGACUGCUCGGGACGUGGCUAUGGAAGUUCAGCAUGUCAAGGAGAAUCGUGAUAGACUCAAAAUUGAAGGACGGACAGGUGGCGUUGGCCCAGCUGUCAGUGUCUGCAUGUUUACCUUUCACAACACCUAUGAUGGGAUCACAUGCUUAGAUUUCUCGGAUGACAAUAUGCUUGUCGCAGCCGGUAUGCAAGAGUCCUAUAUUCGAGUUUGGAGUAUGGACGGUAAGCGAAUUCCAACGACUUACGAUAACGUGGACGAUGCCCCUCCAUCCAACUCUCGCCGCCUGAUUGGGCAUUCUGGGCCUAUCUACGCAGUAUCAUUUGCACCAUCAGCCACGCGAUCAGAGAAUGCUGUGGCACCGACCAAUGCUCGCUGGUUGCUUUCAUCCUCCGCUGACAAGACCAUCCGUCUCUGGUCCCUCGACUUGUGGCAAUGCAUGGUCGUUUACAAGGGCCAUGACCAGCCUGUAUGGGAUCUUAACUGGGGCCCGUACGGCCACUACUUUGUUUCAGGGGGUCACGAUAAGACUGCCCGUCUCUGGGUCACCGAUCACAUCCGCCAACAACGUAUUUUUGCUGGUCACGAUCAGGAUGUUGAUUGUGUUGCUUUUCACCCGAACUCCGCCUACGUGUUUACCGGCAGUUCAGACCACACCGUUCGCAUGUGGGCAGUAACCACUGGUAACGCCGUCCGUAUGUUCACUGGUCAUACCGGAAACAUCACCGCUUUAGCAUGCAGCAGAGACGGAAGGCUCCUGGCAUCCGCAGAUGAUCAUGGCUCGAUCUUUCUGUGGGACCUGGCACCAGGACGGCUUAUGAAGCGCAUGCGCGGCCACGGAAAGGGAGGCAUUUGGUCUCUCAGCUGGAGCGUGGAGUCAACAGUCCUAGUCUCCGGGGGCGCAGACGGAACCGUUCGCGUGUGGGACGUCACCGGUCCAGCCCAAGACCCGUCCCAAGGCCGUGUUAUCGGUGAAGGCGGAGCUGGAACUAAGGUCGACGGAGGUAAUGCCUCAGCUAGUGCGCAGGCUUCCAGCUCUGUUGCCCCGGGUAUGGGUAAGAAGAAGGGCAAGGACGUGGUUGUUACGCCGGAUCAGAUCAGUGCGUUCCCUACCAAGAAGAGUCCUGUUUACAGGGUGAAGUUCACCAAUAUGAACUUGAUCAUUGCUGGGGGCGCUUAUCUUCCGUGA